AUGAAUACGGCCACUGGUGGCGCUGCGGAUCUCUCACCGACCGGGAGCCAGGCGGGGACACGACAUCUGUUCGCCUCAUCCUCGCUAACUCGCCGGGGAGACGGUGCCGAUAAAACCGCUGCCAGACCGAAAAGCUUUCGCGCUGCGAGCUUUGCAGCCAGACUUGGAGCGAAAACACACAGAGUGCCCGUGCCUCUCCGUGCGGUUCAUCACCGCGGAAAGGCGGAAGCCGAUCCGGCAGCUGUUCAGCCGGAUGGUGCUGAAACGAACGCGACUGAACCUCCCAGGGCCGCGUCGGUGUUUGAAACUGAGGAGAGAAUCCACCACCCUCCGGAUUCUCGCCGAUACCUUCGUCUGCCCUGUCUUAGAAGAUCCAAGAGGGACUGGGAACCAGACGGAUCAAACCGUGUCUUGAGGGGAAGAGGGCCGAGGAACGACGAGAAAGAAGAGGAGGAGGAGGAGGCCACAGCGGGCUGUAGUGCAAGUCCGUGUGGGGGGAACGCCGGAGUGUGUGGGCAGACCGAACUCCUGUACAUAAGCAAAAUACUCAAGAGACGCAGAAAAAUGCAAACGAACUCAACACCGGAACCGGCCGCGGAGGACUCCAACGCCGAACCCGGAACUGAGCAGGAGAGGGCCCUCCGUGAUGAGAUCGAGAGACUGGAGGAUGAAAAUGAGGACCUUAAGUGUGAGAUCGAUGAGAUGCGGGCGGAAAUGGACGAAAUGCGCGAUACGUUCUACGAGGAGGACACACACCAGCUGCAGGAAAUGCGGAGAGAGCUCGAGAGAGCGAACAAGAGCUGCCGAAUCCUGCAAUACCGGCUUCGAAAGGCCGAGAGGAAACGGGCACGGUUUGCACAGAGCGGGGAGGUGGACGACGAGGUGCUUCGGAACCUUGAGCAGGAACUUAAGGUGGCGAAGGAUGUGUCCGUGCGUCUGCACCACGAGCUGGAGAAGGUGGAGGAGAAGCGCACCAAGACGGAGGAGGAGAACGACAAACUGCGAGAGAACCUCAUCGCGCUGGAGGUGACCAAACAGGCCCUGCAGAGCGAAGUGGAGAAGCACAAAAUGCCACAGAAGAGAAGAGGCAGUAAAGAGAAGUCUGAGAGGAGGACCACACCCACUGAGGACGACGACAACGACGACCUGCGCUGCCAGCUGGCCUUCCUGAACGAGGAAGGGGAGCUGCUGAGGAAGAGGAUGGUGGGCGUGGAGAAGGAGCGCGAGGCGGCCGAGCAGCAGCUGCACCAGUACCGCACGCUCUACGGCGAGCUGCCGCCCAGCCACCCGCCGCACACGCCGCUGCACCCCAAGGGCGAGGCCGCCGGGCCGCCCAGCACCCGCGAGGCCGAGCUCAAGCUCCGCCUGCGCCUGGUGGAGGAGGAGGCCGACGCCCUGAGCCGCAAGAUCGUGGAGCUGGAGGUGGAGAACCGCGGCCUGCGCGCCGAGCUGAGCGACCUGCGGGGCGACGAGACGCUGGGAGGAGGAGGCGCAGGAGGAGGAGGAGGUGGCGGCAUGGGCCGGCUGCAGGGCCCGGGGCUGUCCGAGCUCAGGGAGCAGCUCCUGCUGCUGGAGGAGGAGGCCGAGCUGCUGCGGAGGAACCUGUCGGAGGCCGAGGAGCGCAACGAGCGGAUGACCGCCGAGCUGCAGACGCUGCGCUGCCGGGAAGCGGGUGGCCUCGGAGGAGGAGGAGGGUCCGGCGGCGGCGGCGGCAUCGGGUCGGAGUCCGUGCAGGAGGAGCUGCGCGCGGCCCGCCGGCAGGUCAACGCGCUGGCCGGCAAGGUCCUGCAGCUGCAGACGGAGAAGCGGCGGCUGAUGAGCGACCCGCUGCUGGCCGCCUCCACCUCGGACCUGUCGGUCGGCUCGCGCGACAGCCCCACGCCCGGCGAGGCCGAGACGCACCCGUCCUCGCGCCAGAGGGAGGGGCCCGUGGGCGGCGAGAGCGACCCGGACGAGGUGCUGAUGACCGGCGGGGGGGGCUCGUCCUGGUCCCAGCUGCUCGUCGACUCCCGGCCGUCCUCGGCCUUGGGCCGGAGCGGCGGCGGCGGCGUCCGGCAGCCCCUGAUUGGCUGCCAGCAGAUGGUGGACAUCCGCCAGGAGGCCGAGCGACUGGGCGGCACCAUCGAGCGGCUCAUCAGCGACACCAGCUCCAUCAUCACCGAGGCCCACACCGGCGCGUCCUCCUCCUCCUCCUCUUCCUCCUCAUCGUCGGCGGCGGGGUCCGUCGUCAACGGCAACCUGAUGGCGCAGGACGAGGGGCCGGCGGCGGAGGCGGGCAGCGGGAGUGGGCGGGAGCAGGAGCUGCUGCAGCGAAUCAACGGCCAGAUGAAGGGCUUCCGGAGAGACCUGCAGGGCUUCAUCCAACGGCUGGAGCCGCCCAGGGGACAGGGUCGCGACCCCGAGGAAACGUCUAUGUUUCAGCCCAUCAUUUUGCUCAUCCUGAUGCUAGUGCUCUUCUCAUCCCUCUCUUAUGCCACCAUCUUCAAACUCGUCUUCCUCUUCACCCUCUUCUUCGUUCUCUAGUCUCAGAGAGCUCUCUUUAUUAUUUCGCAUUGCUAUACAUUUCAUUCAUCACUUGUUAUUGUUGUUAUUGUCAUUUUGUUUUUGUUUUUUUGUUUUGUUUGAAAACUGUCAUUGUCACACAAGUACAGAAGACCCAUCCCCAGGCUUUACUCAUGCAUCACAGUUCCAGACUACAUUUCCCAGAAUUCAAGCUGGCCAGUGAGCUCUGUCCAUACCCCCAGUCUGUUUUGACAGUAAAAGCGCCAACGGCUUACGACGCCAAGACCCCUAUAACACACACUCAAACACACAGACACUCACACACAUACACACACACUCACGCUCACACUCACACACACAAAUCUGUAAGCCACACUUUACUGAAUCCAGCUGAGCUCAAGAGGCAUUGAGGAAAUUACUGCCAAAACACACACAUACGUACAGAAUCCUUUUCUCUCUCACACACACACACACACACACACACACACACACACAUCCUUCCUCAUACACACAUAGAUACACACACACACACACACAUACCAGGA